AUGCCGUCUGCCAGGGACGUCAACAGAGCCUGGCCGCUCGGUACGGCCUGCGAGUUCAAGUGGGGUGACAAGUGGCACCGCGCCAUCUCGAAUGGCGUCGUCGGCGGUCGCCUCGAGUUGAAGGAGGUGCGCGAGCGAGCAGUGACGCCGCUGCCGCUGCAGGAGGCUGCACGCUCCGUUGUGGCCAAGGGCACGCACCUUGAGUGGACGCUCAAGGAUGAGCGCAAGAUUGGAGCGCCGGUGGCGGCGAAGCGGGAGCUAGCGCCCGUGCCUUCCGAGCCGGUGAAGGCAGCCAAGCGUGAGCCGCCAGCGGAGGCCAGCGCCUCGGACGCGCAGCCCGAGGGCAGCUCGCACGCGCAGCCCGAGGCCGGCUCGCGCAAGCAGCCGAAAGCCAGCUCGCGCAAGCAGCCUGCUCCAGAGGUCAGCGAGUCCGCACCCAAGCGGGCGCGCAAGCAGCCCGCGGCAGCUCCUCCGGCUUCGCGCCCGGCGUGCAUCAGCCUGCUGACUGGCCGCCCGCUGGCGCCCAGCGACGCAGAGUUGCGGGUGUGGGAGUCGCCAGCUGGUGGCAAAGCUGCCGCGCUCCGCGGGCGGGAGCUCGACUGCCUCCGCCUCAUCGGCUCUGUCCACCUCUCCUUCGAGGUCAAGCCCGACGCGCCCGGGAACCUGGCCGAGGCGCUCGGCGUCCACAGCGAGAAGCCGCGCAUGCGCCGCCCGCGAAAGAGGUGGUACACCGCGAAGAGAAACUGCAGCAGCGCGGACCUGCCCUACGUGAGCACCGAGCCGUG